CUAUGUCUGCAGGUGAACUUCUUCAAGGAGUUCUGUGUUUUCUCCCAAACGCUACAGCCUCAGAACAGAGACGCUUUCUUCAGGACGCUGGCUAAUCUGGGCAUCUUGCCGGUGCUGGAGAUCGUGAUGGGCAUGGAGGAUGUGCAGGUGAAGGCCGCAGCCACGGACAUCUUCUGUUACCUGGUGGAGUUCAGUCCGUCUGUGGUGCGGGAGUUCAUCAUGCAGGAGCCGCAGCAGGCCGACGACGACGUGCUGCUGAUUAACGUGGUGAUCAAGCAGAUGAUCUGUGAUUCGGACCCGGAGCUGGGCGGUGCAGUGCAGCUCAUGGGGCUCCUGAGGACCCUCAUGGACCCCAAGAACAUGCUCGCUCCGGCCAGCAAAGCGGAGAAGAGUGAGUUCCUGAGCUUCUUCUACAAGUACUGUAUGCACGUGCUGACGGCUCCACUGCUGGCUAACACCGGCGAGGAGGACCCAGAUCUGACGGAGGGAGCGGCUAAACCCAACCCCGUGUGUCCAGAUAACCUCCAGACGGCGCAGCUGCUGGCUCUGAUCCUGGAGCUGCUGACCUUCUGCGUGGAGCAUCACACGUACCACAUCAAGAGCUACAUCAUGACCAGAGACCUGCUGAGGAGGGUGCUGACGCUCAUGAACUCCAGACACAGCUUCCUGGCGCUCUGUGAGUAUCCUCAGUGAUGACUGGCCUUGUGUUAAAUCACUCGAUCAGACAGCGGCUCAUGGGCCUUGUGCGGUCACAGCAGUGCUGGACCCGUGUGAUCUGAACACAGUGUAGAGAGCAGUCUGCUGGGGGUUUCUGAGCUCAUCCUCGCUCCGCUCAUGUCUCCUCCUCUCAUACACACACAGCUGCUGCUAACACACUCAUCUCUUGCUCGGGCUAGUUAAGCCAGGCACAUGGGUAAUAGUCACACCGUAAUCCAAGCAUUAUAUGAGUAUUAAAAUCACAGCGUGUUUAUGAAAAUUUAAGAACUUCAUAAUCUAGUUCAAGCAUGAAUAUUUGUAUGUAAAUGUGGAGAGGGCACACACACGGACACAUAUAUUGGGUUUUCAUGUUUUAUAUGCACUUUACAUAGACACAAUGAUUUCUAUACUGUACAAACUGUAUUCUAUCCACUAACCCUUACAGAAAACUUUCUGCAUUUUACAUAAAAAAAAAUAAUAAUUUAGUAUUGUUUAUGAUCAGUUUUCCUCCUGGGACAUUUGCUCUUCACAUAUAGAGAAUACGAGGCCAUGCACACUCACCUGUUUGUUUGACUGCAUUAGUGAGCUCAUCUCACACACUUCCAGUGUUUUAUAUCAGGUUCAUGAUGUUUUCUAUGUUCUAACCCUAAAACACCUCAGAGAAACCUGUUCAAUAAAAUGUAAAGAAUUAAAUAUGCAGUUGAUUUGGAUGAUUUUUAAGUUGUUGUUUUUUGUUGUUGUUUUUUUAAGUAGUGAGAUGUAUAAUAGGUUUCACUGUAUUAGUGAGGAUAUUUUUGGACAUUACAAGUCAAACCUACUCACUCACUCACUCACUCACUCACUCACUCACUCACUCACUCACUCACUCA